AUGUUUUGUGGUGUUGUGGAAAAUGAUGCUAAUAUUGCUGACCCGGUUUUUCUUAACCCGUCGCCUACAAAACAGAACCUGUACGAGCUUCUUGGUAAUGACCCCGAGGAGGAUUCCGAUCGGGAGCCAUCGCCACCCACUUCUGCCGUAGACAAGACCGGCCCGCGACACGGGAAGCGCGAUGGCCUUUCCCAACCCCCUCGUGCAAGCAACCAGACCUUUGCGCGUUCUUCUAACCGUGGAGGACGUGGUGGACGAUAUGGUGGCAAUGAGCAAGCUUUCCGUGACCGUGAGGCUGGUUCGCGAUCAAACCGUGGCAGGCCCGUUGAUGGCCCCCAUCAACAUAUCCCAACUGGCGUUGUGAAGAAUCGCGAUGACCGUGGUCAUCUCCUUCGAGGAGACCGAACCAAUCGCUCUGACAGAACCGUGACCUCCAAGCAGGUCGAGCAGGGCUGGGGCUCCAACGCGGGUGACUCUGCCUGGAAAGACGAGCAGGCCGGCGAAGCCAUUGCAAAGAGCGAAGAAAAAGGCGCGGAAGCCAAUGUAGCAGAAGCUGAUGCCGAACCCGAGGAGAGGGUCAAGUCAUACGAUGAAUACCUUGCUGAACAAGCCGAACAGCGGCGCCAGGACCUGGGUGUCAAGGAGGCCCGCAAGCCCAACGAGGGCGUCAAGGCUGACAAGAAGUGGGCGACCGCCAAGGAGCUGAAACGCGACGAGGACGAGUCUGCCUACAUCAAGGGCAAGGAGGAGAAGGCCCGACGCGAGAAGGCGCGCAAGGAAAAGGCGUUUGUCGAGGUUGACAUGCGCUUCAUCGAGCAGCCGCGUGGUGGUCGUGGUGGGGAUUCCCGUGGUCGUGGCCGUGGCGGCGACCGUGGUGGACGCGGUGGCGGACGUGGUCGAGGUGGAGAGUUCCGUGGUGGUACCCCUCGUGGCGGAGCUUCCCGUGUCAACCCCACCGGCCCCAGCGUCAGAGUCGAUGAGAAGAAUUUCCCGGCCCUUGGCGGUGGCAAGUGA